AGUCGUCCCGAGCGCAGGCACCUCGCUGCUCCGAUAACGGGCCCUCUCCGCGUUCUGUGACUGUAUACUGUAACUGCUGUAACCGCGAGAGCUUGGCUCUCUGUGCCGCCCCGGUCGAGGCGCAACCCGCCACCCCGGCCUCACCAUGUUGGAAGUCCUGAAGCCAAUGAGCACGCACCUGAAGCUCUCCACGAAACCUCGUGGAGAGGGUUCGGUGUUCAAGCUUCACUAUCGCGCCACCUUCGUUUUCAUCAUGGGCUGCUGCAUCCUGGUGACGGCGACCCAGUACAUCGGAGACCCAAUUGAGUGUAUGCCGGACAAAGACUCGAUCCCGCAGAAAGUCAUCGACACCUACUGCUACAUCACGUCGACCUACACGAUCCCGCGCUACUACGACCAGAAGGUUGGCGUCGGAGGUGUCCCGCACUGGGGUCUCGGUCCGGAGCUUCCUGAAGAUGAAAUCAUCUAUCACAACUACUACAUCUGGGUGCCGUACAUGUUGUUCAUCCAGGCGAUCUCCUUCUACAUCCCUCACUGGGUGUGGAAAGCGGUGCAGACAGACAAAGUAUACACAGUCCUGAUGGGUCUCGACAGUCAGUCUCUGGAUGAAACCGAGAAGAAGGACAAGGAACGGCUGUUGGUGAAUUAUCUAGAGCUUCACUUGCACACGCACAACAUUUGGGCGGCCAAGUACAUUUUCUGUGAAAUCCUGAGCUUCGUCAACGUUCUAGUGCAGAUCAGCAUCACGAAUGCGUUCCUCGGCGGCGAGUUUAGCGAGUAUGGCCCUAAGGUGGUGCGGUUCCUCUGGGCGGACCCUGAGGACAGGACGGAUCCCAUGUAUGCGGUGUUUCCCCGUGUCACAAAGUGCAAGUUCUGGAAGUACGGUCCCUCUGGCACCGUGCAGAAGCAUGAUGCACUCUGCGUGCUGGCGCUCAACAUCAUCAACGAGAAGAUCUACGUCAUGCUCUGGUUCUGGCUGGUCAUCCUCUCCAUUCUCAGCGGACUGGCGCUGUUGUACCGCCUUCUCACCAUCUUUUCGUCGUCAACUCGUGCGCGUCUGCUGCGUCAGCAUGGCGGAGUUCUCGGACCGAACACGGAGACCACGCGCGACACCGUCGACCGGCUAAUCCCCCGGUUCCAGUACGGAGACUGGUACCUGAUGCACAGUCUCGGCAAGAGCAUGGGCAACCUGACGUUCACCGAUGUCCUGAAGGCGCUGGAAAAGCAGCUGAGCCGCUCCUCUCCUGAUGAUGACGAGAAGACCCUGCUGCAUGGAAAAGCCUUCUCCAGUGUGUAGGGUGCCAGAGCUCAAAGUGCAUGGUAUAGAUAUAAGAAAAGGUUUUAUGCAUAGCCUGAUGCUCAUAGCAUAUUGUAAAGUUUAAAUGAAAUUGAGAAUGAUAUUUCGAACACUGGGUCCUCACCAGAUUCGAAUCUGGUGAGGACCCAGUGUUCGAAAUAUCAUUCUCAAUUUCAUCUAAACUCUACAAUAUGUUAUGAACAUCAGGCUAUACCUACUUAAAAGUUUUUUUUAUAUCUUUACUUCUAAACAUGCUCAGCAAUAGCACCUCCAUCCUUUAAAGUGCAUGGAUAAAUAAUUGUUUUAGUGAAAGGACCUUUUUCAAUUGUCAGUAUUAUUAGGAAUGUGAUAUACCUGCACUUUAAUACAUGAUUUUUAAAUUGGAUUUUGAGAUUUACUUUAAAGGUAGUGUGCCAGCUUUCCUGGACCAUAUGGAGUUAAUGACCCGGAUAAGGAGAACCGGAUUUUUAGAACUUAUCCAUACCUUCAAAUCUCAUGGAAACGUCUUAAAUUCUUCAAAUUUUGAGUACCCCAGUGCGAAAUUCGCCCCGACGGGCUGUCGGCCGUACCCCAACCACAUUUCACACCACUAUGAACAAUAAAUGCACACACUAAAAUCGCUAUUACCGAUAGGCUCAUCCAAUCAAGUUUCGAUAAACCCGUUCAUCAUCAUCUCCUGCGGUUUCGAACACGCCUGUUAGGUGGCUUCUGCUCAUACUUUGUGGUGCGGUGGUGGUGCGUCGGGCCGCGCGCUCUGACUUCGGCCAAGCAAAAUGCGUCAGCUGAUCGUUGUCAUUUCUGCCACUUUCGUGCGGUGAGAUGGGGUCAUAACUUAAGAGACGGCUGUUUCAUAUCAAUUAUUUUACAAAAAAAUCAUAUUUCAAACCAUAAAUUAAUGUUCGACAGCCAAAUUAAAGAAACAAUACCAAUACAGGCUUACAGUUUAAGUUCGACAUUGUGUUGUCUACGAUUGGACAGCUGAUAACUCAUUCCCGUACGUCGUAACUAUAAUGACCUUUGCUUAUUGUCACAUGUGCGCCGCAUUCACGAUUGUUGCCGACGCCUGUUUGCAAGUCGGCCCACUACAGUUGUUAUACAUAUCGAAAAACCGAUAAACUUUUAGGCGAAAAAAGCACUAUUCCAGGCCCAUUUUUGAUUUUUUUUUUGCGAUAUAAGGUAAAAACAGAAGCUUCUUAUCCUAGGAAAAAUAAAAUGGGAAAUCAUUGGAAGGUGGCACACUACCUUUACCUAAGUAUUUUCACAAUGCAUCGAAAAUCUACUGUUUAUUUGAGACGUGACUAAUCAUUCAAUAAAUCGCAAUCGAAUCAAUC